CCUGUCAACAAGCGACUGCAGCGCCACCUGAAAACAGGAAGUGCUAGUGAGGUGAAUCAGUGAUACCUGAGAUAGGUAAAAUUCCUAAUUAGUUACCUGUCUGUGCAAGCCACACCUGAACAAAAUGGGGUGCGAAAGAAUAGGGAAUGUGCCGUUUGCCUCGCUGAUUGCGACAAUGAUAACAUUUACUGGCGUGGGAGUGUUCUGUGGGGCGUUGUACCGGGCCUUGACAUUGGUCAUCACUAACAUUCUGGACGAACUAUUUCAGUUCAACGUUCCUUGGUUGGAGGUGAUAAAGAUAGUAUUCGUGAUCGUGGCUGUGAUUAUGGGAUUGUUUGCUAUUAUCCUACUGGUGUUUGGUUACCUGUCGACUGGAGCAACGAGGAAGAACGUGUACUCUGGGGCCAGAUGUAUUAUGGGAGGCAGAGUGUCUGCUGCCUUUUUCCUGAUCAUGACUUACCUGAUGAACCUGGCCUGGUUAGGUAUUGUGGGCGCAUGUGUGAUUCCUAUUCUCGGCUACAUCAUGAUCAACUCCUACUGCUAUGAGAAAGUCUACAAUAGAGUUGUGGGUACCACCACUGUGGAAUGCUUCAGCCUCACACGAUUUGGUAUCUAUAGGAACUCCACAACGGCAAUAGGAAUAGGAGUACCUGGCCGGGAACAGCUGUGUGCUCACACCGACCUCAGACUCAUGUGUGACAAGGUAGCCGAGGCGGGACCCUUGUUCUGUGUGGCCUGUGCUGGAGCCGCCCUUAUUGUCCUGGGAUUGAUACAUUUCAUGAUAGCCAUAGGGGCCAACUACACACGGAUCAAGAUCUCCAAAGAGUUGACGGAGUACCGCGACGCUGUAGAUAUGGAAGAGCUCGACCUUCACAACAGCCGUGGCUACCUGGACAAGGACAGUAGCUCACGGUGACAACUCACCCCCGGUCCCAGCCGUUACUGAUGCAUGUAUAUAUAUCCUCAUUAGACAUCUUCAUUUUGAAUAAACAUAUUUAUUUUCAUAAAGCAAAUAAAUAAAAGGUCAUUUAACACAUCUACAGAUAUUUAAAAGUCAUUUUAUAGUUGUCUAUAUAAUGUAGAAUUGAAAUCAACAUUGCAUAUAUAUUGCAUGCUUUUCCAGAAACAAAAAUUUGAAAAGGUUUUGGUUUGAGUUACCUCCCUUUGAUAGUGUGUAAUUUUCAUGAAGAUUUUGAAAAUUCUUAUAAGUGAUUACAAAUCAUAUGAAUAAUUAAUAUGAAAUAACACUCAAUCUGGUUUCCAAUCAACAAUUCAGAACAAAAAAUAAUCAAGUGCUUACUUUAAAAUGCAUUGCUUUAAAUAAUGGCUAGUAGUAGUUUAAAAAAGAGGUAUAGUAUAAUUCAGUGUGCAGGUUGGACUGGGGGAGCAGUGGACUAGCUUCUUGUUAUUGUAGUAACCCUGUUACAAAUAGUCCAAGAGAAAUACAGCUGAGCUGGUAAUUACAUGACUUUACGUCCUGUAUCGAACUGCCCUUGUGUCAUUUAGUUAGUUACAUAUUAAAUACACCAGUAAUAUCUGGUUGAUAUGGCCAGACAUUUAGCAUACAGUGGGUGGUGCAGGGAAUAAUGUAAUUGCCUUUACCGAGGCAUCUGGGUUUUUAUUCCCUGAUCAGGCGUAAAAAGGUAUGGCGUGAACUGCCCGACCACAUGGGUUUUUCACAUUUUGUAUAAACUAGAUAUGUUUAAUUACAUAUACAUAUCUACAGUGAUAUUUUGAUUUAUAGAAUUGAGUCUGACAAAAAAUAACACAUUUUAACCUAUAUUAUUUCAGACACACCAAAACCCCACAUAAUAUAUGUUAAAAGUCAAAAAGCCUUAAAGUUUUAUUAAUUAGUAUGUUUCUACCUUAAAAUUUGCUGAUGAAAGACGAUGAUUGCAAUAACAUGUAGUUUUAAUUUGGAAAAAAAUAAAUAUGAAUCUCAGGAAUUUUGAUAUAUAAAUCAAAAGAAACCAUUCUUACUCAUUUGCGUUACAUACCUGGCAUUUGAAUAUAAUACAACAAACUGUUUCGAAACUCUACGCAAGAAAAUAAUCUUCCUCACAGUAUGGAUAUGGUGCAGAAAGACUAUAGUGACAUAUUUACAGACAGUAUAGAAAUGUAUUAACAAUACUGUUUUGUCCUCAAACUGUAUGAAUGCCAGCUCCCUAUUCUAAUGUCUUAGAAAAUAGUAACCAAUGUUGAUGUUAAAUCAAGGAUGGCUUUUAUUUCAUUCGGUUGUGCUUUUCAAGAUUUUGAAUCGUUAGUAAAUUUUUCAGGAUAUCUAUUUUGCUGCCUUUCAUCUACAGUGCAAUUGAGUGUAUGUUUUAUGUGAAAUACAUCUUCAAAGAAUAGAACAGCUUUUUGAAAUAGGUUUUUAUUCAGGGCUAUAUAUUUUAGAAAUAGAUAUGAGGGAAGAGGUAGGAGGUGGCGGCAGUAAAUUUGUGUAACCCCAUCACUCAAAAUUAUUUUUCUGUGAAUUGCGACACAAAUGUUAACCCCCCUUCCCCGACCCUCUCCCUUCACUCAUCAUCACCACAUAUAUCCCUGGUAUGUUCCUAUGAGAAAUAUCCCUAAACAUCAGGUUGGAGUUGUCCCUUGGAUUGCUCUUGGAACGAAAAAAUAUAAACAUACAAAUUAAAAAUGUUAAAAGCUUAAGAUGUAGACAGUAUUGUAAAGAAUCAUAGCAAAAAGUAAAACAAAAAUAUAGAACUCCUGAUUACACCAAAAUAAAAAGAUUGUGACAUUAUUGGAAAUUACUCAUUUCAGGUAAAACAAUUUGAUGUGUCUGUGUUAUAUCUAAAUAUUGACAUAACUGAUACAAACUGGCUAAAUCUAGACGCUAUAGAAAAGGACUUGGAAACAUGCACCUACUCAUAUUUUCAUUAUUGAUGGAAGAUAUAUUUUUUGGCGUAAUUUGUGAGUUAUCUCCCUUCAUCUGUUUCCACCUCCAAGUGUCUCAAUUUUGUUGCCAUUUUCAUAUAUCAAUAUCAAAUAAAGAUGUGCCCUCUAUUGUUAAAUUAAAUAAGUAAUAAAUGUUUUCCUUUCCUUUAAACACACAAAACAUUUUUGAAAUAAACAGAAAUAUGUUGACCACCUUAAUUACCAAAUAUAUUUGCGGUAACACUGCACACAUGCACGGCCAGCAAUCAAAACAAUUGACUUCUGAAAGGAUGUCGCUAAGUCUAUCUAGGGAUGUGUACAUGUAUUUUUAAUUAAAUUAAAAGAAAAACAAUGUGAUAAUCAAUGUACACUGUGUAUUAUAAUUGUUGUUGGCUCAUUAAGGUAUCCUGUUCCACUGCUGACAAAACACUAAUUCCACCAUAGGUUUUUGUAUGCACAGUUACCUCCCCUUAAUUUUGUUUUUGAGUUUUAACUGUAGUGCAACUAGGAUAGGAUACUUCCAUUUACCAUGUAACUCAAUUGGUUAGAGUAUCAGUAUAAUGAUCAGAAGUCCAGGGUUCGAAUCCUGGUCUAGUCCCUUUGUAUUUUGAUAUUCAGAACACUUAUCAAUUUAUUUUUUUGUAAAUACUGUAAGGUUCGUUUCUUUUCAGAAAUGUUUUGUAAAACCUGUUGCCAUGAUGUCCGGAAAAAAAUUCCAAUGCAAAGUUAUUUCCAAACAUUGAUUUUGUCAGUGGUAUAGGAGUUCGUUUAGGGGCUUGUUUUUGCGAGAACCUACAAAAACAUGGAUCUUCACUCAGAUGUAGCCAUAUCAUUGGUGAAAAGGGCUCUAAAUUUGUGCUAAAAACUCUAUGUUGAUGUUAGCUCAGAUAGGUUCUUAUUCGGAUUGAAACAUGUCGCCUGGUAAGAUAAGUCUCUACUUUCUGAAUUAUCAGAAAGAGCCCAUGUAGGUCAAAGUGCGGGAAGGUCUUGUAUUUGUGUGUGAUUGGUUUGCAUUGCUGUUUGAUCAGAAAGGCCAAUAUGAUGUGCUCAUUAAGAACUCAUGUCUGUGUGUUUAGAAAGGGCUCAUAUUUCUUUCUUUUUUUAAAGAGCUCUAUCUGAUGUAUGCUCAGAAAGCGCCCAUGUUAGUGUAUGCUGACAAAACAUAUAUUGACAUUAAAAAUAUUCUUAGUUUGUUUUGUGAUUAUAAUGUUCUGGUAUUGAUGUGUGCUACAAAGAGCUCUUGUAGUUCUGAUUAAAAUUGUUUGCCUUUAUAUUGCCAUAUUGUGUGUUGUGAAAGAUGUAUGAAGGUGUUUAUUUGGUCAACCAGGCAUUGUAGUUUGUUUUAAUUACGCUAUCUGUAAAUACGUGUACGUUCCUUAUUCUAUUAACUGGAUGUAUACCUGUGAAAGUCAAGAAUGAAUAACCAAACUAUGAAUGGUUGGUCUCUCAUGACAGGUUCUACUUUGGUGACAGAAGCUGAGGUCUCUUCAGACAGGUUUUUCUGUAGUGACAGAAGCUGAGGUCUCUUCAGACAGGUUCUUCUGUAGUGACAGAGAGGUUGGUCUCUUCAGACAGGUUCUUAUGUAGUGACAGAGAGGUUGGUCUCCUCAGACAGGUUCUUCUGUAGUGACAGAGAGGUUGGUCUCCUCAGACAGGUUCUUCUGUAGUGACAGAGAGGUUGGUCUCUUCAGACAGGUUCUUCUGUAGUGACAGAGAGGUUGGUCUCCUCAGACAGGUUCUUCUGUAGUGACAGAGAGGUUGGUCUCCUCAGACAGGUUCUUCUGUAGUGACAGAGAGGUUGGUCUCCUCAGACAGGUUCUUCUGUAGUGACAGAGAGGUUGGUCUCCUCAGACAGGUUCUUCUGUAGUGACAGAGAGGUUGGUCUCCUCAGACAGGUUCUUCUGUAGUGACAGAGAGGUUGGUCUCCUCAGACAGGUUCUUCUGUAGUGACAGAGAGGUUGGUCUCCUCAGACAGGUUCUUCUGUAGUGACAGAGAGGUUGGUCUCCUCAGACAGGUUCUUCUGUAGUGACAGAGAGGUUGGUCUCCUCAGACAGGUUCUUCUGUAGUGACAGAGAGGUUGGUCUCCUCAGACAGGUUCUUCUGUAGUGACAGAGAGGUUGGUCUCCUCAGACAGGUUCUUCUGUAGUGACAGAGAGGUUGGUCUCCUCAGACAGGUUCUUCUGUAGUGACAGAGAGGUUGGUCUCCUCAGACAGGUUCUUCUGUAGUGACAGAGAGGUUGGUCUCCUCAGACAGGUUCUUCUGUAGUGACAGAGAGGUUGGUCUCCUCAGACAGGUUCUUCUGUAGUGACAGAGAGGUUGGUCUCCUCAGACAGGUUCUUCUGUAGUGACAGAGAGGUUGGUCUCCUCAGACAGGUUCUUCUGUAGUGACAGAGAGGUUGGUCUCCUCAGACAGGUUCUUCUGUAGUGACAGAGAGGUUGGUCUCUUCAGACAGGUUCUUCUGUAGUGACAGAGAGGUUGGUCUCCUCAGACAGGUUCUUCUGUAGUGACAGAGAGGUUGGUCUCCUCAGACAGGUUCUUCUGUAGUGACAGAGAGGUUGGUCUCCUCAGACAGGUUCUUCUGUAGUGACAGAGAGGUUGGUCUCUUCAGACAGGUUCUUCUGUAGUGACAGAGAGGUUGGUCUCCUCAGACAGGUUCUUCUGUAGUGACAGAGAGGUUGGUCUCUUCAGACAGGUUCUUCUGUAGUGACAGAGAGGUUGGUCUCCUCAGACAGGUUCUUCUGUAGUGACAGAGAGGUUGGUCUCUUCAGACAGGUUCUUCUGUAGUGACAGAGAGGUUGGUCUCCUCAGACAGGUUCUUCUGUAGUGACAGAGAGGUUGGUCUCUUCAGACAGGUUCUUCUGUAGUGACAGAGAGGUUGGUCUCCUCAGACAGGUUCUUCUGUAGUGACAGAGAGGUUGGUCUCUUCAGACAGGUUCUUCUGUAGUGACAGAGAGGUUGGUCUCCUCAGACAGGUUCUUCUGUAGUGACAGAGAGGUUGGUCUCUUCAGACAGGUUCUUCUGUAGUGACAGAGAGGUUGGUCUCCUCAGACAGGUUCUUCUGUAGUGACAGAGAGGUUGGUCUCUUCAGACAGGUUCUUCUGUAGUGACAGAGAGGUUGGUCUCCUCAGACAGGUUCUUCUGUAGUGACAGAGAGGUUGGUCUCUUCAGACAGGUUCUUCUGUAGUGACAGAGAGGUUGGUCUCCUCAGACAGGUUCUUCUGUAGUGACAGAGAGGUUGGUCUCUUCAGACAGGUUUUCCUGUAGUGACAGAGAGGUUGGUCUCCUCAGACAGGUUCUUCUGUAGUGACAGAGAGGUUGGUCUCCUCAGACAGGUUCUUCUGUAGUGACAGAGAGGUUGGUCUCUUCAGACAGGUUCUAUUGAGUAUUGUUUAAGCAAAACUGAAUUGAAAAUUAAUGGAAAGUUAACAUUAACCAUACUUAAUUUUAUUAUCAAUGGUUUUCAUAUAGAUUAUGACUUUGUAUUUUGUCAUGGCCGUUUUCUUCUUUUACUAAUCUUUUUUCAUUUUAUUUUAUUUUAAAAGAUAUAUAGCUACUGUACAUUACUUAUUAUACAAAAGUGUUUAAAAAAUUAUGUUUAGACAUUAGGUCUGUUAAUAUUUGAAAAAUCUGCAAAUGUGUAAAAGAUAUAUAAUAAAGAAGCUGUUUGUUCCAGAUAUUUUCUGUUGUGAGGAGGGCAAAUAUUCUUUGGAUAUCAUAAGCUACAUCAUAUAAUGUAGCUCUAUAUACAAUGACCAAUACUUAUAGUUCUAUAGCAUGCCACUGUCUGUUGGUAGCAAGUUGUAUAUCAAAAUAAGUUAUAGAAUAUGUGAAAGUAAUUGUGUACAUGUUUUUGAAAACUCCCACCCGACAAAUUCUGCUUAUGUUAAUUUCCCUGUAAGAAAAAUGUUUUCGGUGAUUGACAUGCUCACUGUGCCUAAGUAUACUGUACAUGUUACUUGUACAUGUACCUGUAAUCAUAAGGUGUUAAUUCACUGGACUUCACCUGCUUAAUUAUGUGGCUCAAAUAAAACUGUGGUAACUUAUAGUAUGUUUUAGCUGUAUAGCACCUACAUUUUAGCAUUGUUAUCGUUUUAAGGUUUAUCUUGUAAAGUCAUAAAUGUGACUUUGAUUGUUAGAUCAAUUAACCACUUGCAUUUCAAAGUGAAGGAUAUUACUUGUUUUCCUGUGCGUUCUUUAAGUUCUUUCUGAAUUCUUGCUUCAUAAUUACACAUUAGCGUUAUUAAAAUCCAUUCCCUUUAAACGGCAGCAAAUAUUUUACCUCCAGUUAUAGAGGAGGUCUGAAUUGUGUCUUCAAAGGUAUAUUGUGGUUAGGAUUAUCUUUUUUAUCUGUGAAUGAAUAUAUUUUAUACCUAUGUUAAUAUGAUGCAAAAAUGUAAAAAAAAAAAA